AUUCUCCGCGUAAUAAAAAAUCAUCUGUUUUGCUCCCUCUAGACUAGAAAAUCGAAGAUCUAGAUCAUUCGUUCGUUUGAUCUCUCAGGUUUGCAUCUUCUUCGACUACGAUGACUUCUUCUUCGUGCUUUCAAUUUCGGUUUCCGCGCUUCGUCCUCCUAUUCGCAUCGAUUAUUCCCAAAAAGCUAGGGUUUCGCCCGAUUGAAGGAUGAUGGAAUCAAAUCGAUCUUCUUGGUUGUUUUUGUAUAUAGUUAGGGUUUUGUAUAUACGCUCGCGAAUCAUGUGAAGAUCGAUCAUCUAUGGCUUUAGAUUAUGGUUAGGGUUAGGGUUAGGAAUGAAGAUUAGGUUUAUUUGGAUUUGUUUUUGAUUUGGCGGACUUGGUGCUCUCUACGGUACUUGGAGUGUUAGCAUGGGCUUGGAGGUGUUUGAUUAUCAGUCAUCUUACUCUCCUUGGGAAGCGUGUUAUACUCUUCUGUGGAUCAUCAUGGAUGAAGCAUCAACAGCUAUUGGAUCUGUGGUCGCAGUCUGCUAAAGUUAGUGUUUUUCUCAAAUGUGUGUUUUAUAGUAUGAGUUACAAGGCGCCAAGGAGAUUCUCUAACGGAAGGAACUUCGGAGUGGCAAGACAGCAAGAUUCUGUAGCUGAUAUAGUUCCCAGAAGACCUUAUGCUCCUUAUGCAAACAAGGGUCCUAAUAAGUGGUCUAGGAAUCUGGUUUGGACUGCAUCAGAUGGCAACAUGCCAAGGAAGAAUGAUAACACCUACGGGUCAACUAAAACACAACCCUCAGAGUUAGGAACUAGUGUGUCAAACCAGCAGAGGAGGAGUGCUGCGUAUGGGAAACGAUGCUCGUCUGUUUCAGACAGUAGAGGUUGGGGGUCUUAUGAUAAAGGCAGUCCCAAGUCUAAGGAAUGUCUGUGUAAGUUUUGGAAAGAUGGAAACUGCAAGAAGGGUGAUCAAUGCUCUUUCUUGCACUCUUGGACUAGCCUCCCUGGAAUGGUCAUGGUAGCUUCUCUUGAUGGACACAAGAAGGAUCUCAAGGGGAUUGCACUUCCUCAGGGUUCAGAUAAGCUCUUUUCAGCCAGUAGCGAUGGUACAUUGCGAAUAUGGGACUGCCACACUGGCCAGUGUGUUCAUACAAUCAACCUCCAGGCAGAAGCAGGGUCGUUAAUGAGUGAAGGAUCAUGGGUUUUCCUUGGCUUGCCAAAUGCUGUAAAGGCUUUUAACGUUCAAACCAGUAAAGAUUUGCAUCUUAACGGUGUGGUUGGUCAGGUCCGUGCUAUGACUGUUGCCAAUGGAAUGCUUUUUGCUGGGACAAGUUCUGGUACCAUAUCUGUUUGGAAAGCAACGGACUCUGAGUCUGAUCCUUUCACAUACCUCACAUCUCUGGAGGGAGAUAAUACUGGUGAAGUCACAUGCUUUAUAGUUGGAGGUCAGCGACUAUACUCUGGUUCUGCUGAUAAAACAAUAAAGGUGUGGGAUCUCAGUACACUGGAAUGUACAAUGACACUGAGGCAACAUACCGACACUGUCACGUCGCUCCUAUGUUGGGAUCAGUAUCUCAUAUCUGCUUCUUUGGAUGGGACCAUCAAAGUCUGGGCGUGUUCUGAAAACGGCAGCUUAAAAGUCACAAAUACACGCAGACAAGAACAAAGUGUGCAUACUCUCUGUGGGAUGAGCGAUGCAGAGGGCAAACCGAUCGUGUUUUGUUCUUACCAAAACGGAAUUGUCAGCAUAUGCGAUUUACCAUCUUUUGAAGAGAGGGGAAAGAUGUUCUCUACGAACACGGUCGGUGCAAUCACAGUUGGUCCUGAAGGGUUGUUAUUCACUGGAGACAAGAGUGGGAAGCUGCGUGUUUGGAAUUUAGCUGGCACCAAAGUUUAGCCAUUUUACAAUCUUGUACAUACUUGAUAGUAUGAAUUAAGAGAUUAUUCUUAUGUAAUGACUCGAAUACUAAAUAUCCAUGCAUUAAAGUAAUAUAACGUUCUUUCAGGCUUUGUUCUUAUGUCACACGUAAC